UCCUUCUCACAGCCUCUGAAAAUACUGCAGAAUCAUCCAUUUCACCCGGUUCACUUAUAGAAGACGGUGGUACCUCAGCUCCAGAAAUCCUUUCCACAGCUGCUGAAGCUUCAACAGAUUGUUUUGUCACAGAAACAGAUGUCUUGAUCACAUCCGCCCCAGUCACAGAUGGUACCGAGCCAUUGACAGCUCCAGCAUCGCUAUCUACGCUGAGCAAAGCAGACACCUCCGCUCUGUCCCUGCGACUGGCAGACGGCGACGGCAAGUGCUCGGGCCGCGUCGAGCUCUAUCACAACGGCAGCUGGGGAACGGUCUGCGAUGACGCCUGGGAGCUGGCGGACGCCAAGGUGGUGUGCAGGAGGCUGGGGUGCGGAGAAGCUCUGCUAGCUGUGUCUGAAGCCCAGUUUGGCCCAGGCUCUGGGAACAUCCUCCUCGAUGACGUACAGUGCAGAGGGGAUGAAGACGACCUGUGGGAGUGCUCCCACAGAGGGAUUGCUGUCCAUAAUUGCCAACAUAAAGAGGACGCCAGCGUCAUUUGCGCAGAGCCAGUUACUCCCCCAGUCACAACGGAGCCCGUUCCAGCUGACAUGGCCCUGAGACUGGUGAAUGGAGAGAACAUGUGCUCGGGACGCCUCGAAGUCUUUCACAACGGGAGCUGGGCAACCGUCUGCGAUGACGGCUGGGACAUGACGGAUGCCACAGUUGUGUGCAGGCAUCUGGGCUGCGGGCAGCCAGUCUCAGCCAAAAUCAAUGCCUUUUUUGGGGAAGGCACAGGAGAUAUUCUCCUGGACAACGUGGCGUGCAGAGGGGAUGAGUCCUCCCUGGAGCAAUGCUCUCACGCUGGGCUGGGCAUGCACGACUGCUACCACAAGGAAGAUGCUGGUGUUAUCUGUGAAGUCCCCCUGAAGCUCACCACACCUGAAGCAACAGUCUCUCCCACUCCUGAACCAGCAGACAUUACCACUUUCCCGACCGAGUCCACAACAGCUGAAAUAGCAGUAAUGAACUCAUCCACUCUGUCAGACUCUCCAACUCCUGAAGCAGCAGCUGUUACCGCUUACCGUCAAAAACCAGACCCAGCACCUAUAAACCCAGAAAACCUUACUUAUCUGCCUAAAUACAUGCGGGUGAUGUUACUAAGAUUCUUAACUGGCCUGUGUCAACCAAGGCGGCCUGGGAUGCAAAGCAUAAAGUUACAAGGGUGUGUAAGGGACCCAACCUGUAGGAGCUACCUUUCACCAGGCAAGAGGAUUGUCCAGUUCAAUUUCAGAGGUCCCACGUACCCAAGAGUUUGCCUACAGUGCAAAGUAUUAGCAUGCAACAGAUACAGUUAUCCUUCCCAACGCUACCAGGGCUAUAUGAUGAGAGGCAAAAGAAGCGCAAGAGAUGACGACGUCAUUAUUAUUAUUGUCUCCAAAUAA